UUAUCUUUCCACCACAGUUCCAGAGAAAACAACUUCACAGUUCGUUGUUAUAUACAGUCUAAGGAGCCAGUAUGAUCAGGUUUUCUGUUCUUACUUGCCUAUCAGUGCUGCUGUUCAGCACCUCAGCCAUGCCAUACAGGCCCAAGGGGAAAAUGGUUGGCAAAGCUGCUCAGGACACAGUGGAAUCUGAUGAUUUCAAUGGGAAGAUGAUGCUGGGAAUGAAGGAGGUGGAGCCACCACAGGACAUGGAUAGUACUGAUUUUGACAUUGAUCCUGACAUGUUGAUAUGGAAAGCUGUAAAAGAAGAAAUACAGCAGAAAUACAAUAGACCUGAAGAGGAUAAAGAUGCUCUCUAUCACCCCACUGAAAUUCAGCUUGCAGCUGAACAGCCUGAAACCUUCUUUCAGCCACUGGUACGUGAUCAGGUACGGAUGUAUGAUAAACCAGAAGAGGAUAGGGAUUAUCUGUACCAUGGCAUAUUUGGUGAAGCUGACAGUGCUCUUAAUAAGAAGCUCUAUCCUGAAGAGCCAAUGAGAGGAGAGAAGGAUGCUCAAGUAAUUGGAGGUAAUAGCAGGCGCCUGUACUCAAGCCCUGAAGAGGACAAAGAUGGCCUGUAUCACGCAGAUGUCAGAGGAGAACCGUCUGACAAGCAGGCUCCACCGAUGAACAUAUUCCCCAUUCACACAAAAAGGGUCCACACAGAGCCUGAGGUAGACCUGGAUGACCUUUAUCAUAUUUAAGCGAUAAUAAAACAAGUGAUGUAAUGUCUAAAUGACUGCAACACUGGAUGUUAAUUCACUAUACAGUAUGAAUUUAAGUCUCUUUUUUACAACUUUAAAAUAAAAUGUGUCUUAGUAUGACUUUUAUUUAACAGAAUUAAACAUAGAACAAUCAAAGAAGGUUUUUUGUAAGAUCAGUAUAUGUCUCUAACUCAAAAACACAACAAUGAUUUUGACCAUAACUGGUAAGCCAUAAGGUUGACUAAAUAUUUUUAUUAUAAUUUUUUUAUAAAUGCCUAAAAAUAAAAUGAUAAUAAAACAAUGGAAAAAUCAGAAUAUUAGUCAACUUUCUGACAAAUGUCUUAAGUAUUUAUUAAGGAAAAUCAGUCUUAAGAACAUAAUAUUCAGAAGCUUGAUUGAGAUGGCGUUAACUGCCAGCAUGACUAUUGGCCAGCCAAUUGAGCUACAGCUGUUGCACAGAAGAAAAAGAAAAAAACAGGAAGCUUACGUUUGACAAUGUAUGUUAAGUUUGAAAAACUUUAAUUUUUG